CCCCCUGCCUCCCCCCCCCCCCGCCGCCGCCCUGAGUCACUGCCUGCGCAGCUCCGGCCGCCUGGCUCCCCGUGCUAGCCACCGCAAAGAACAGUCUGAACUUGAUCAAGACUUGGAUGAUGUUGAAGAAGUAGAAGAAGAAGAAACUGGUGAAGAAACAAAAAUCAAAGCGCGUCAGCUGACUGUUCAGAUGAUGCAAAAUCCUCAGAUUCUUGCAGCCCUUCAAGAAAGACUUGAUGGUCUGGUAGAAACACCAACAGGAUACAUUGAAAGCUUGCCUAGGGUAGUUAAAAGACGCGUGAAUGCUCUCAAAAACCUUCAAGUUAAAUGUGCACAGAUAGAAGCCAAGUUCUAUGAGGAAGUUCAUGAUCUUGAAAGAAAGUAUGCUGUUCUCUAUCAACCUCUAUUUGAUAAGGAGGAGCUAAAAGAAAAGGCCAAGAUUGAAGAUGAGAAAAAGGAUGAAGAAAAAGAAGACCCCAAAGGAAUUCCUGAAUUUUGGUUGACCGUUUUUAAGAAUGUUGACUUGCUCAGUGAUAUGGUUCAGGAACAUGAUGAACCUAUUCUGAAGCACUUGAAAGAUAUUAAAGUGAAGUUCUCAGAUGCUGGUCAGCCUAUGAGUUUUGUCUUAGAAUUUCUCUUUGAACCCAAUGAAUAUUUCACAAAUGAAGUGUUGACAAAGACAUAUAGGAUGAGGUCAGAACCAGAUGAUUCUGAUCCUUUUUCUUUUGAUGGACCAGAAAUUAUGGGUUGUACAGGGUGCCAGAUAGAUUGGAAAAAAGGGAAGAAUGUCACUUUGAAAACCAUUAAGAAGAAGCAGAAACACAAGGGACGUGGGACAGUUCGUACUGUGACCAAAACAGUUUCUAAUGACUCUUUCUUUAAUUUUUUUGCCCCUCCUGAAGUACCUGAGAGUGGAGAUCUGGAUGAUGAUGCUGAAGCUAUCCUUGCUGCGGACUUUGAAAUUGGCCACUUUUUACGUGAGCGCAUAAUCCCAAGAUCAGUGUUAUACUUUACUGGAGAAGCUAUUGAAGAUGAUGAUGAUGAUUAUGAUGAAGAAGGUGAAGAAGCGGAUGAGGAAGGGGAAGAAGAAGGAGAUGAGGAAAAUGAUCCAGACUUUGACCCAAAGAAGGAUCAAAACCCAGCAGAGUGCAAGCAGCAGUGAAGCAGGAUGUAUGUGGCCUUGAGGAUAACCUGCACUGUAAUAGCCUAAACACAACUAUUAUUUACUUACAGCCUUAUGUUUUUGUAUUUUCUUGGUAGACUCAAGUUUUUUUUUAAAGGAAAGGAACUGAUAUUUUAAAGACCAAAUUUGUUCUACUUAGCAUUUUAACUAGUUUUCCUGCCAGAUACAUUGAAUGCACAAAUUCUCUCACGCAUGUUUGUUCAUUGCUACAUAUUUGGUUCUUCCUGGAGUAUUUUUAUCUUGUAACUACUAGAUUACAGUUAUGAAAAUGAACGGAACUGUGAAAUGAACCAGAUUUUUGGUCUUGCUAAUUUUUUUCCUGAAGAACCAAAGUAUUUUUUCAGCGGGUAGUUGAAUGGGUUUAAGUUCGCUUGCACUAGCUGUGCCUUUCAUUACUUUGUUACAGAAAUACGGUGACUUAUACUAAGACAAUUCAUCAUUUAAAAAACAAUACUCGUCAAGACAAGUAUAUGGUUAAGAAUUUCCAGUAAGACCACACCUGAUAACUUAGAUUGUUAAUGGAUUUUUGUAUUUCAGGUGACAGUUACUAUAAAGAAAUCUUAUUAACUAAUAGUAUGGUUAUUGGUUACCACAGGGAGGUGAAUAAAACCUAGUAUUUUCAGAAGUUAAGUCUCAUUAUUUUUAUUUUAACUGUACUUUUAAAAUUUAACCUCCAUUAACUAAGCAUCUUUUCUUUGUGGUAGGGUCUACCUUCUGCUUCCCUGGAAAGGAUGAAUUUACAUCAUUUGACAAGCCUAUUUCAAGUUUUUUGUUGUUUGUUUGCUCGUUUUUGUUUUUGCAGCCUAAAAUAAAAAUGUCAAAUAUAAU